AUUUUGUCGGAAUGGGUGGGUACGGAUUUGCGACCUACAAGUAUCAUCGGCGACAGAGGAUUCGCGAAGGCGAUAAGGUUUGCAAGCAGCGCAACCACUGUUCUUGAGAUCCCGUCGAGACAAACGGUCGCGCUCCGUGUCCACGAGAAUGCUUCAGAGCGCCGUUUGUCACUGCGAGUGAUGCUGGUGAGCGACAACGAAUGUGACUUCUAUUCGGCCUCGUCGGAUAUUUGGACUUCGAUAAAGUGUGAAAGCUUUAUAAGCUUAACGGUUCACUACCUUGACAGCCUGUUCAACAUGAAGUCGUGGACACUUGAA